AUGGAUGCAGCUCUAAAGGCUAUCAAGUACAUCAAAAGGGCACCAAGUUUAGGCAUACCGUUGAGGCAGGAGAAACCCAAACACUUACUGGAUUCUGUGACUCAAACUGGGCAUCAUGUCCUAAUACAAGAAGGGAACAUAACUGAAAAUCAAGAAAGAGGAUUUAACAAUAAUAAUGAUUAUGUUCUGGUUUCGGUGGAUGAGUUUGCAAAAUUUUCUCAAUAUCAAGAAUCACUUAAGGAAUCCGCUUCAGUUACCACCCUUGUUGAGUUGGGACAAACUUGUCUUAUCUCCUCUUCAAACAAAUGGGUGAUUGAUUAUGGUGCCACUAAUCGCAUGACAGGUAAUCGUAAUAUCCUGUCUAGCUUUCAAUGGCACAAAGCACCAUCUAUUGUAACUGUAGCUGAUGGAACAACCUGUAAAGUUAUGGGAUCUAGAACUGUUAAACUGACCUCAUAUAUUACUCUGUCAUCCGUGUUAAGUCUACCAAAGUUGGCUUUUAACUUGAUUUCUGUUAGUAAACUUACAAGAGACCUCAAUUGUUAUAUCUCAUUAUUCUUUCUCGAUCAUUGUCUCUUUCAAGAUCUUACGACAAAGCAAACUAUUGGUAAAGGACAUCUAUCUGAUGAUCUCUACAUCCUUGAUGAAUAUGGACCUCGAUUUGUUGCCUACUCCAGUGUCGUGACUCCAUUUGAAGCACAUUAUCGAUUGGAACAUCCUUCUCUACCUAUGUUGAAGAAGUUAUGUCCCCAGUUUCAUAAUGUUUCUUCAUUGGAUUGUGAGUUAUGUAGACUUGCAAGACGCCAUCGCAGAUCGACAACAACAUUCUUCUAUGCACCUCCCGUUCCUACAAGUCAGGAAGACGAAGAUGAGUGGUUAGUCUAUCAAGUUACUCGUGGUUUGACAAAACAAUCAGAUGAUGUUGUUCCUCUAUCUCAUGAUUCUUUUAUUGAGCACCAAUUGACUAUUGUGCCUUCAGUACCUGAUCCAUCUGUGCUAGAACCUGCUCCAUCUGCACUAGCAAGACUACCAAUUAUUCAAGUUUACUCUAGGAGGCAAGAAACUAGUAGUAAUACAUAUCCUGCAUCAGUUUCUUCGUCAUCAGAUCCUCCUCUAGAUGAUCUUCCAGAAAACCUUGAACUUCCUAUUGCUCUUCGCAAAGGUAUACGUACUUGCAAAUCCACAUAUCCCAUUGCAAAUUAUGUUUUCUAUGACCAUUUAUCCGAUGUGUCUAGUUCUUUGAUUGCUUUUCUAGACUCCAUCUUUGUACCCGAAACAGUGAAGGAGGCUUUGAGUCAUCCUGGGUGGCGUGAUGCAAUGCUUGAGGAGAUACAUGCCUUGGAUGAAAAUCACACUUGA